UAAUAUGUAUUAUCAGGUCCAAGCUUCAACGCAAUGAUGACAGCUAAUUCGAAAACAAGAACUCAAAAUGUUUUGAGCAUGCGCGGAGCAGAUAUUUCUCAGUGGCCUCGGACGGACAUGUAUUCAACAAAGGCCGUACAUCUGACGACAGAAAUGGACUGCGACAAAUUGCCUGAUAGGUUUCCUGCAAUAUUGAAACUAGAUAACGGCUCGGGUGCAACUGGUGCUUGUGUUGUCGAAAGCAGGGUUGAAUUAAAGAGGGAAUUCUGUCAGAUAACCAGUUCACUUCGGAAUGAUUCGGACUUUCCCGGAAUUGGGCUAAGUCAUGGCAAUUCAAUGAUGACAAUGGAGUUUUACGGCGGAACUGAGCAUAAUGUUGACGUUAUCAUAUACGACAACAAGCUUAUUGCUGCUUUUAUCACAGACAGUGGUAUAACAAGACGACCCUAUUUCAUUGCAACAGCUAGGCGUAUGCCGUCAUUCCUUUCUGAGGACAAACAAGCACGGCUUAUUGAAGCGGCCUAUAGAUGUUGUUUACAGAUAGGACUGUCCGAUGGUACAUUUAAUGUCGAGUUUAAGCUGACCGAAAAUGGACCAAAGCUACUGGAAAUCAAUUCGAGGAUGGGCGGAUAUUGCUUACGGGCUUGGUUGAGGAAAUUAUAUGGUAUAGACAUGAUGCUAUACUCUAUGAUGAUUGCAAGUGGUAUUUCUCCCUAUGUACGUACACAUCCUGUAGAUAAAAUACUUAUUGGUGUUAUGGUCAUACCAGCAUUGCAUGCGAAAAUAUUAAAAGAAGAGCCUCUAAGAACCCUGCUGUAUAGCAUGAUAGAGAAAGAGGAGAUUGUUUUUCUACAGUUUUACAAACUGAGUGAGAAUUUGCCUCCUUAUGACGACCCUUUCGGCAAUAUUGCUGUUUCUGGUUCCACAUCACAAGAAGCAAAACUAAAAUUGAUGGAAGUUUGCAAAGUGCUGGACAUUGAUCAACCAAACUAUCAAGUGGAGCAGUUUAUACAAAAUUUUUAG